AUGGACGUGAUGAAAGAAAUGAUAGAGAACAUACUCAACUUCCUCGUCAAUCUCACGUCGGAUUUAAGUGGCUUCCCCACUCCGAAGAUUCCAACGAUCAGGGCCAACUCUUCAACUGAUGACCAUCCUCAAAUCAAUAACUUCACCACCAACCAACGACCAGUGGACCAGGAGGCAGAUUCUCUAGUGGAAAGCUUGUGCGAGCUUCUACACCUCUCAAAGGAUCAACGAGUGAAAACGUUUGCUGCAAUCAAUCAGAUAGAUCUAGACGCAUGUUUGGCCCCUUCGCGCAAUCAAGCCUUGAAAACAUCAGUGGUGUCCAUAAACAAUGUCACGUUUACCGAAGACGACAUGAUGGCAGAGGAAGGUCACAAAAUGACCCUGCAUGUUACCACACGCAUCAAAGGUUCAGAAUUCAAGAGAUCUCUUAUCGACACUGGAGCAUCCUCGAAUGUCAUAACUCUUAAAACUCUCAGGACAGCCAGGGUUCGACCAGACAAAUUCACACGGCAGCCUACCACAAUGACGGACUUCGACGGAAACCAAACCAAUACAUACGGGUAUGUCAACUUGAAUAUAUCAGUAGGGCAUAUCCAGUCAAAAGUAAAAUUCGAAGUGAUAGAGAAAGAGCCAGAGUACCAUAUGAUAUUGGGAAGACCAUGGCUUCAUGAUAAUAAGAUUGUCCCGUCGACAUAUCACCAAUGCCUGAAAACCACUAUGAAUGAAGAAGUUGUUCGAAUACCCGCGUCAUUAUCUCCUUAUGCACCGAUUUGUGGUGUAGAACUGUUCGAACCAAAGGGGAAUCCACAACGAUUAUCAAACAAGGUCACCUCUGAAGGAAUCAAGGUCGACCCAACCAAAACCCAAGCUAUUCUUACGAUGCCUCAUCCACAAACUAUGAAAGAACUCCAAAGCUUCAUGGGAAAGGUAAACUAUAUCCGACGUUUUAUACCUGGUUUGGCCCAACUUAUCGUUGCAUUCACUCCCCUGUUGAAGAAUGGGACAAGCUUCAUUUGGAGUACAAAGAAACAAGAAGCAUUUCAGAAGAUCCAGCAAAUAUUGUCGUCACCCGCCGUUAUGAAAUCCCCCAUGCAAGGAAGAGCGUUAUGCCUUUACAUCUCUUCUAGUGACACUGCUGUCGGGGCCCUCCUUGCUCAGGAAGAUGAUGAGGGGAUUGAACAUCCUAUAUACUACUUCAGCCGUACAUUGAGAGAUGUUGAACUCAGAUACCCCAAAGCAGAGAAAGCAUGCUUGGCGUUAGUUCACGCUGUGCAGAAAUUCAGACAUUAUCUACUGUCGAACAAGCAAGCGGUGGCAGAUCUUCUAGCAGCGUUCCCAGGAGAAGGAACCACCGCGCUACAUGAAGACCUUCCUGGAGAAUUUCCCGAAAUCUCUUUUAUCGAAAAGGAGGCAUGGCUAUUGUAUUUCUACGGUUCUUCUACGCCUAGCAAUAAUAUCGUAGGAGCUGGCAUAGUUCUAGUGUCUCCAACGGGAGAAGUCUUUUCGCAUUCUUUCAAGUUGGACUUCCAAUGCACCAACAAUUCGGCAGAAUACGAAGCUUUCCUCAUAGGAUUGUCACUAGCCAAACAAGCAGGAGCCAUACACCUGGAAGUAAGAGGUGACUCUAAGUUGAUGGUCAAUCAGAUGAAUGGAGUCUACUCACUCAAGGAGGUAAUACUGGACCCUUAUAGAUCCGAGGCGCAAAAACUAUUGAACUACUUUUCCGAUGUGACCAUAACCCAUAUUGGCCACAAUAACAACAAACACGCCGAUUGCCUAGCCAUAUUGGCUUCGAAGCUGCAAUUUGAAGGUUUGGAAGAAACUUUGAUUGUGAGGAGAUGGACUAUAGCGUCGACAUGGCUUGCAGAAUCUAAAGAUACUAAAACUGACGAUUGGAGGACUCCAAUCGUUCAAGAGUUAAACAGUUCACUCUCCCAAGGAAAGGUCAGUCUCAAAACCCUGCAAAUAUUUUUCAUGCUUCAUGGAGUGUUUUACCACCGAAAUCCAGAUGGGUCUCUGUCAAGAUGUCUUAGAGACGAGGAAGCGCAACUACAACUUAACCGCAUUCACAACGAAAUUUGCGGACAAACGUUGGUAGUGACUCUUUACCGACGUCUCCAACGCCUUGGCUUCUACUGGCCAGAUAUGGAGACUCAAUCUCGAUCGCUCCAAGGGUCUUUCUCCAAUUGUCAAAUACCGCCACACCAAUUGGAUGUUUUCAACGUGAACCACACUGGGGACUGGCGAGAGCCGUAUGUCAAUUACUUUCGAGACGGAGUACUCCCUGCAAGCAAGAAGGACGCAGCCAAAAUGAAGCAACGAGCCAAGAGAUUCGUAUUUCAUGAAGGAAUCAUGUACCGUAAAAGCUUUGGAGGCGACAUAUUACGGUGCCUGUCCGAGGUGGAGAUCUCGAUUCUGAUGAGAAAUGCACGAAGGCGAACACCAGUGAAAGAAAAAGCUAUUUCUCCAAAUACACGAGAAAUACUAUUGGCCAACCAUGGAAGACGAUCUGGGGACUUGACAUCAUUGGGAAGGUCAACCCGCCAUCGUCAAAACAGCACGAGUUCACAACCGCAACGGAGUAUUUUACCAAGUGGGUUGAAUCCAUUCCUUUACGAGGUACGAAAAUUGCUCGAAGAAUAUGCAAUUAAGCAGGUAUUCUCUACCAUCUACUACCCCCAAGGGAACGGGCAAGCCGAAAGUACCAACAAAACCUUAAUUCGGAUUCUCAGUCGAACAGUGCAUGAUCACCCUAGAACAUGGCACGAACAGCUACCAAUGGCAUUAUGGGCGUAUCGGAUGGCACCUAGGGGUUCUACCGGCGUUUUCCCUUACUCACUCGUCUACGGUGCGGACGCGAUUCUCUCGGCAAAGAUUAAAAUUCCGUCAGCCAGGAUUGCAGCAGCGAGUAGGGUCCGCUGGAAUGAAGCCGAAGCAUCGAGCUCCAGGAUUGCCGAGUUGGACAUCCUAGACUCUAGGAGAGAUAAAUCAGAGGAACGUACUCAAACAUAUAAAAGCAGGAUCUUCAGAGCGUAUGACAAAGCUGUAAAACCAAGAGUUUUCAAAGUGGAAGAUUUAGUUUUGAAGACUGCCAGGCACAUUCAGAAAGACAUGUCUGCAUCAAAAUUCUCUCCGAAAUGGGAAGGUCCCUACGUGAUCACCAAGGCUUAUAACACUGGCUACUACAAGAUUAUUAAAGAGGAUGGUGGUAAAUUAGAAGCAGUCAUCAACGGAAAAUGGCUCAAGGCAUACUAUGCCUGA